AGGAGGAGGUCGAGGAGGAGCUGUACGUCGGGCGCGUCAGAUCCUACGCGGCCUCGCAGGGCUACGGCUUCAUAGAGUGCCAAGACACCUCCGAGCGGUUCGGCCGGGACAUCUUCCUCCACAGGAGCCAGGUCGAGGAGGGCUCGAUCAAGCGGGCCAAGCCAGGGGACCUGCUGCGCUUCACGUUGGAGCUGAACGAGAAGGGCCACCCGCAAGCGAGAAACGUCGAGCGGUACGAGGAACCGAAGACGUCGGCCAAGUCGGCCGGGGAGCCAGACCUGCAGGCGCACGUCGGCAGGGUGAAGACGUUCUCCUCGGCGAUGGGCUACGGAUUCAUCAGCUGCGACGAGACGUGGGCCCGCUACCAGAAGGACGUGUUCCUGCACAACAAGCAGGCCGCCGAGGCGGGCAUCGCGGUGGGCGAUACGGUGAGGUUCACCGUCGAGCUCAAGGACGGAGGCCGGCCGCAGGCUCGCGACGUGCAGAAGGCCUCCGAGGCGGCCCCGGCGCCCGCGCCGCCCGCGGGCGGCACGGCGCCCUCGGCCUCUCUGGGCGACCUGUUCCGGCAGAGGAGGGCGCUGCUGGAGGACGCGGCGCCGCUAGCCCUGCCGCCGCGGCCCCGGGCGACAGCCCGGCGCCAGAGGCGGCGGGCAGGUGAGUCGCGCGAUGGCUGGCCGGGCGCGCCCGCGCGCGCGCGCGUGUCCCGCCCGGCUCUUCCCUCU